GCAUUUCUUCUACAGUUCAAUGGAAAACUACUACUAUAUUCAUGCAUGAACAUCAGCUGUGGAAUGACAGGUGGAAUAAAAAAUGGCUGAAAAUGGGUUGGGAUCGGAUGCUGAGUCCCAAGAAUACCUGGCAACAGAGAUUAUUAAUUUAGAUAUUGAAGAGCUGGACAACACAGAAUAUGCUAUACCUGCUGUGGAAGAAUUACCCUCUUUAGAAAGUAUAUUAACAGAGCCUGAUUGUGCUUCCUUGUCUGGAACAGACGAUGAUUUUGGUUUAACAGCAGGAGAAAAAUUAGGGAGCAGUGAAACAACAAGUGUUGGAAGUCAUUUAUCACUAAAUUCUUUAAAUAAACCGAAUAAAACUUCACAAUCAACAUGUUCUGGUGCUAUCUUAAGGCAUGUUAUACUGAAAGGGAUAUCUGCACAAAUUGUAUCAGCUAGUGAAAAAGUUAAUGCUGGUUUGGCUAGUGCAGUUGCUGCUGGAGGAAAUAUGCUAGUAGUUGGUACCAGUCAUGGUCUGGUAUUAGGUUUUGAUUCUUCACAAACGUUGAGAUGGUGCGAUCAAGAAGCACGGCAUCAGGGUUCAGUAUCUGCUUUGUGCUUUAAUUAUGAUGGAAGCAGAGUGUUAGCAGGUUUCGCUAGGGGUCAUAUAUUAAUGAUGGAUAGCUUCAAUGGAAAAGUAUUAAGAAUACUCACUGAUGUUCACCCUCUUGAUACAGCUGUACUACAUGUUAAAUUCACAGAUUCACCAAAAGUUGCUUUAUGUAGUGACAGUGGAGGAUCAGUUUUUGAAUUAAAUUUUACAAGAGUUAUGGGAGUACGAGGUUGUGACAGUAGAUGUCUAUUUAGUGGAUCUAGAGGCGAAGUAUGUACAUUGGAACCUUUGCUACUGAAUCAUCUACCAUCGCACCCCCUUAAAAAUUAUACAUUAGUCGCAAUGGCAACAUUAUCAAAGGUACUAGUAGUUUGCAUAAGGCCUCGAGUACGUGUUGUGUUAACUCAUUCUUUGUCUGGUGCUCCUGUUGCACCACCACAAUUGUCCUGGCAACUUGUUGUUAUACAAGCAGCAGAUACUUCUCGUGUAAUUGACCCAGUCCUUGCACUUGCAAGAGAUGAUGUGGUUCACUUUUAUCAAGUAUGCACCGAAGCUUCUUCAAGAGUGAAAUUGUCUCCUUUACGAAGAAUGACUCUUCCUUAUACAAUAAGUAACUUACGGUGGUUAAAUCCAAGGUCCUUAGCAGUACUGGAUAACCAAGAAAGAUUACAUCUAUUAGAUGUAAGAGCGCAGGAUAAUUUGGAAACUUUAGAUAUGAGUCGUGUUGGUAUUUCAUAUGCUUCUAGCCAUUUUAAAGGUCUGUCAACUGGUGGAAAUGUCUCAAAGGCAAUGGCAUUAGCUGGUGAACGAGCAUGCUAUAAUACUGUAGUCACAUUUGGUACCCAACUUCUAUUCUUGGGUACGAAAAGUUUGCAUGUAGUAUGUAUACGAACGUGGACAGAACGACUGAGGCAUUUAACGAUGCAGAAAAGAUUUCCAGAAGCAUUAGCAUUGGGUCUCUCUUUCUAUCAAGAUAAAGGAAAAGCAGUCGUUGGUCUCCGUGGUUCAAAGCAACGCCGUAAACAAAUAGCACGUGAUAAAGUGUGUCAGGUUUUAAUUCAAUACAUGGAAGAAUUGAAUCGUUGCACUGCAGAUGAAAAUACAGAAUCCGAAAUAGUCACAACAUGUGUAGAAUAUUGUAUACAGUUAGAGAAUACGGAAUUAUUAUUUGGGAAGCUAUGGGAUUUAGUUUCCGAAUCGGAGGGACUUAAAACAUGCUAUCUGCACGCUCUUGAAAGUCCUUUGUUAGAUGGAAGUUUGCGACCCCGACUACCACCGUUAAUUGCUCAACAAUUAGUUAUUGUUUAUGAUCAAGAGGGAAAAGUAGACUCCUUGCAAGCAAUUAUAGUGCUAUUAGACGUUGAUUGCUUAGACAUUCAUCAAGUGACCACAGUUUGUCGACAACGAGGACUUUGGGAAGCUUUAAUACAUCUUCAAACAACAGCACUGGGUGAUUUUACUGCUCCGAUUCAUCAACUCGUACCUAUUUUACAAAGUUCAUUAACGAAUUCGAUAAAUCCAUUAACGCGAGAUAUUAUACAGCUUGGUAAUGCAAUUCUGGUUUAUGCCAGUUGCUGUCUCGCUGGUCGUGGGUUUCCAAGGGACGAGCUUCCUGAAGGUAAAUCCCAAAGAGCAAAAACAGAUGUAUUGAGGGCUUUACUUUCACAGCAUUCUAGUUUAGCUAACGACUCAGAAAAGCAGUAUCCAUAUCUGAGAACAUUGCUUCAAUUCGAUGCGAAAGGAUUUCUUGAUGUGAUAGCAAUUGCAUUUCAAGAGCCAGAAUUUACAUCUGAAAUGGGUCUCAGACAAAGGCAGAGGCUUAUAGAUGUACUGCUAAAUAUUGUCAUGCCUAGUACACCACUUAGUCCAAGGAACCCUGACUGUAUCACUGACGAUCAAAGAAGUCUAGUUCUUAUAUUCGUAGCUAACGAAGUCGCAGAAAAUACAGUUAGUUUGGAAUCUAAUAUGUUAAAUAAGAUGAUAGAAAUAUUAUGUACUGAUUCAAAUAUGGGAUCAUCAAAAGAGCUUAAGACUGACAAAGAAAACGCAAUAUUGGGAUUGUUACGUUCAAAGAAAUUGCGUAAUAUAUCAGAUAAUACUUUACUCAAUCUGGCUGAACGAGCUAAGUUUAUGCAAGUUGCGGAGUUGCUGUACAGUGCCAGAGAAGACUGGAUUGCAGUUUGCAAAUGUAUGGUACUGCAUCCAUUCAGACACCAUGAUAUCUGGCCCUGGUUAGAACGUCUUUCGCAGAGUUCAUUACAAGAAGUUGUUAUGGUUAACAUUGAAGCUCUAGUAGGAAUCAAUGCAAAUCAAUUUGCGAUGCUUAUAGCAACACAUAUGCAACAUAGUAUUGAAAAAAUCAUACGAAAGCUAACAAAUAACCCAAGUUUGCAGUAUAUCCUAUUGGAAGCUUUGUAUCAAAUAGUCCAAUAUAAAGAAGAAGACAUUACAUUAGAGCUCUCAAUCGAAUUGUUAGAAAAGUAUUUGGAAUUAAUGUGCGACAUGCAACCAGAAUGUGUAGUUCAUCAUAUUCAAGGUGCCCAUGGUUGUAGACUGAACAAAGCACUUAGUAUAGUUCAAAAAGCAAAGCAUAAAGAUGCAGAAGCUGUAAUGUUGGAAAAGUUGGGCAAUUAUCAGGAUGCAUUUGAAAUUCUUCUGAAAGAGUUUCAAAAUAAUCUCGAACUGUACUGUCGAAACGAGAUUUCAGAAAAUGAAACAAUUCAUACCACUGUACAAUUGGCUGGGUUGUGCAGAAGGUCUGCUGGAAAUUUAGAUUGGAUGCCGCUUGUUGAAAACAUACUUAAAACUCAUUCAAAUAGUAACAAUGAAAGAGUUGAAAAAUUAAGUGGUAAACUGUUAAGGAUCGUGUUAGAAUUUCUGAGUGGUACAACGGCACUGUCCGUUGUGCUAGAACAAAUUCUAAAACAUCCACUGGCAACAAGUGGUACAAUAGGCGAUAUAAGACAAUUGCUAUCUGGAGUACUUACACAUUCUCGAUAUGAGCAAACUUUAGUAGAAACUACUGCACAUAUGGUCAGUUUAGAGCUUCACAAGGCACUCAAAAAAUCGUUAAGGGAUGCAGGAAAAGCAUGUGCUAGUAUAUCACUGAUUUGCCCAAUAUGUCGUCAUUUGUUGUCACAAUGCACGGAUUAUGCAAUAGUUUUCAGUUGUGGUCAUGGUUUUCAUUCAGAAUGUUUGGGCGAACCGAGAUCUUGCUAUAAGUGUUUACACUCGAAGGGAUGGGCUCCCAUUGUUACUAAUAUCACACGUCCUACCAGAUCAUUCCAUGAACAUAAACAAAUUCUACCACCUGAAUUUAUGCGUAAAGAUCUUACUCUAAGACUUGCACCACCCACUUUACCAGAUCUUGAAGGUAUUUUCUAAUCUAGUCUUCAAAUAUCAAAAUUUGAUAUCACACUUACCAGUGGACUGUAGCAUUUUAACGAUAAAACAAUGACUCUGGACUUUUAUGUAUAUGUAUAUUAUACCAGAUCUCCCAUUUUCAUUCCAUGAACACCACUUGGUUUUGUUUCCAUACAUCAUAUAAUAAAUUUGAUCCUCACAAUUUUUAAUAAGGUCCCCUUCUAUACAAUUACUCGAGUACAGUGUGUUAUUAUAUAUCCCCCUUAAUUAACUAAAUUCCAAUAUUUAAGUCAUUUGUCUGCUUGACUAGAUAAAAAUAUAUUGUACCUUUGUAUAUUGUAAAGUAAUAUAUUAUGUAUAGAUUCGAUAAGAAUUUAUCGCUGUAAAUUCUAUUCCUUUUGCAGCACGUUGCCAAAUAUCAGUCAUUAAGUAAAUAAAGACAUUAAUUAAGAUGAUUGAAACAUUUUCAUUUUCUGUCAAUAUUUUAUAUUGCUUCACAUGUAGAUGCAAACUGCUUUCAAAAAUAUGCAAUAAAUAUUUAUUGGAAUUGAGAUGUAUACAUGUGCGCAUACACAUUGAUUCUAUGUUGGAUAAUAAGGACAGAUAAUUUUACGUUUAAUAUUCUUGAUAAUCAAAACUGGUUUUUUGGGUACAUUCUCUGCCAGAAUUUGAUUAGGAUCUAAUGGCUCAUAUCCUAGCAAUUCACCUGUUAGUAACUUCACAACAAAUGAAAACGUACUCAAAUCAGAUAAAAAUGACUUUUGCAUAGGCAAUAACUCAACAUUGGAAACAUAAUUGUCCACCACUGAUUCUAGUUUUGUAAUAUGCGGAAUAAUGUUUGAUAUUGAUAAAUAUUGCUGUAACUGUAAUUCAAAAGAAGAAACAUUGAACUAUUA